CAAUGUACAAUACAGGAGAACCCGAGAUGAACGAACCUGUUAUUAAAGACGCACUUAAGACGAUAUUUCCGGAGGCCUCUAAAGAAAAAAUCCAAAUUUAUGAGACCCAAAUCGUUCAGGAAGAUGAUCCAGUACUGAUAAUUACUCCGAAUGCAAACUGGAUAAACCAGCACGGAAUACAAGCUUAUAAUUCAGUGAUGGAUAGAUUUGCUACAGAGGGAUUAAGGAACAAUAUCUGUAGGGAUAAAAACUCAAGAUGUUUGUUCCAUUUUAGAGAAGGUCAUGAACUUAUGACCGUGCGUGAUGCAAUUUACCAAAGCUCCGCUCAUGCCUUUUACAUCCCAACCAACCUCCAAGCUUUUAUUCCCGGUUGCCAAAUGUUUCCUAUUGGAGAGGCGUGGAUUUUGACAAAGACGUCGUUGCAAAAUAGUGAUUUUUAUCAAGACGAGCGGUUUUUUAUUGAUUCGUAG